UGCGCCGCCGGGAAACGAUGGCGCAGCUGCUGAUGCUGCUCUUGCUGAUGCCGCCGGCGUACCGGGCGCAGGUCUGGAAUUCCUCCAUGAACCGGGGCUUCGCGAUCGGCACAAAUGACUCAUGUGGCGAGAGCAAGUUUCCCGACGAUCCCGACUUUCGUAUCGUGGGUGGCCGAGAAGCCAACAAGGAUGAAUGGCCGUGGCAGGUGUCGGUGCGCCUGACGCACCCGCAGGCCGGCAAGAUUGGCCACUGGUGCGGUGGCGUUUUGCUCAACAACCGGUGGAUACUUACUGCAGCCCACUGCAUCGUAAACCCGCUGUUCGCGCUACCGCAGCCGGUGUUCUGGAAGGUCCGGCUGGGCGAGUACCGCCAGAAGCUGACCGAGGGCAGCGAGCUGACGGUGCCGGUGUCGCACGUGUACCACUACCCGUGGUACUCCGGCUACGACCAGGACAUCGCGCUGAUGCGGCUGGCGCACGAGGUGCCGUACAGCGAGCACGUGCAGCCCGUGUGCCUGCCGGACGCGGACGACGAGUUCCAGGGGCUCGUGUGCGCCGCCACCGGGUGGGGCAAGGUGGACUACAAUGCGCGGCCGUCGAACGUUCUCCAGGAGGUGUUUGUGAAGAUAUACGACAACGGUGUGUGCGACGCCGCCUACAAGCCCAAGUUCAAGAUUCCCAUCAAAAAGUGGCACUUGUGUGCCGGAACCCUGGUCGGCGGUCGAGGAACUUGUCAUGGUGAUUCCGGAGGUCCUCUGCAGUGCAAGCUGUUUGGCCGCUGGCACUUGACAGGAAUCACAUCUUUCGGAUCUGGCUGCGCAAAGAAGGGCUUCCCCGACGUGUACACAAAAGUGGCGCACUACGUGGACUGGAUCAAGGAGGUCAUGCAGCGACCCCACUAAGCAGUCAUCGAAAGUGUGAGCGACGCCGAGCUGCAGGCAGCUUGCGCACGUCAUGGAAGACACAUUUAGGUCAUCCUGUGCCGCAGAGCGAAGCCGUUGCCCUGCAUCGAAGGCCACGCCCUGCGACGUGGAGUGAAGGAGAGUCUGGGUUUGAGUGAACCCGGUGCCCCGGAUUCUCUUCCUCUAUUGUGAUCGACAGUCAGGACAGUAGGCUUAUUCGCCCAGCCUAUACAAUGUGUGAGUGGUGUGCCCUAAGGACAAUUGGAUUAUCUGUGAAUUCCUCCAUCCUGCGGUGGUGGGGUGAGUGGAUCACCGAAGGUCAACAAGCCAAAGCACAGCAUUCAAGAGCCUCCAAGCCGUAAGCCGUUGCCUACCACAUUCUGGGAUCUGCGCAAACUGAGUUGGGAUAAGUCCUAGGGAACGCUUUAUACAUGGGCUGUCAAAACCUUUAAUCUAUCCGAUUUUCAUACAACAAGUUAGUGCCACGAGCAGUGCUUAUUGGGAACUGGUUAAUGCUUGAAUUCUUCGAGCAUGCACAAAUAUCUGCCUACUGCACCGCGGCCAAAUAGUUUUUUUAAACUCUGCUUCCGCUGUUAUUAUCCCAGCAGCUCACGCUUCUCGCACGCGGCGAGAUACCCACCGAAAACGCAUUGUUUCAAUGGUUCCAUCAUCGUACUGUGCCAUUAGUACCCGUCCAAGUGACGAGCGCGUUGGCCAGUUGAUACAGCGCGGAAUAUGUGGCGCGACAUGCAUUUUGCUGUUCUGUCGCCGUUGUCACAGAUCGAGCUACUACAAUUAGAGUUCGUGCUCAAAUGACAAUUUCAUAAUGAACGCAGAGUACAUUUUAUUGCGAAGCUUCAUAGCCACAAAAUCACGAAGAGCGGUCGGAAAGACGGAAGAGAAGCUCUUUUGUUUUGCCCUCCUUUGUGGGUUCCUGAGACAAACCUAUGAAGAUACCGCGCCAGCAUUAUCAAACCUCCACCGAUAUCAAGUUUCUGUUCAAUGUGCGCACGAAACAUGAGUUGAACGUGUUCUUCACACGCGUUUCAAGGGAGUGUCGUGAAUGCAGAUGGCUUAAACUAGAGGGUAGAAAUUUUUCAGCUAGCGUAAGCACUGCGAUGGUCACUGGGAUGUCGUUAUGCGUGGUAAGUUGCUAAGUUUGAAGUGCCCUGCUCGUAAAAAUUGUUAUUGCAAUGAAUUCGAUUGGGCGAAGAGCAUGAUGGCUCCGGAUGUUCAGAGGCUGCUCGUAACGAAUCGUGAAAAGCGUGAGCAAGAGGGAAAGAAGUUGGACCCCCUCCCUCUUUUUUCUUCUUUUUUGCUUCCGUUGUGAAGAAAGCGAGGACUACCAGCUGUGGACAUACAUACGCCCCUACACAGGCGCUACGCACCAGGUGCGCCCACGUUCUUGUGUCGCGCUUCUGCUUCUGUGCGUUCGCUCACGAGAGCGCCUCACGAACUCUAUACAGUCGCAUGCGAUCGCCCAGUGGAUUUCUCUGUUACAAUUGAACUGUAUGCUUUACCUCAUCUCACGCGCUUUUUCGUUUUAUGAGAGAGAUUACUCUUGUCGCGCGUAGGCCUGUGAAAGUGUGCACAAUGCAUCUGUACAGAAAUUGUCGUUGUAUUUCCGGCUGAACUAAAAGAGAAAUAGAAAAGAUUGUUGCACUGAUAUCAAGGAUAAAAAGUCGGUUUCGCCACAUUCCUUCACUUUUGUGAUUCUGUUUGCUCGUCUUUGCGUGUAGUUUGUUUUAUUUUAUUGCGAACUGAGAGUGGUGAUACCUGUACAGAUCUGGUCUUGUGAGAAAGGCUUAUUACUUUAUGCCUUUUGUGAAAAGAAGUCUGUCAAUGCCCGCAUUGUAAAUAAAAAAAAAAGCAAGAACAG